AUGUCAGCACGAACUCACGAGCCUAGGCUGCAGGAACACUUGGAAGGAGGCCCAUGGGCUUUAAUAGAGUCAGAUCCAGGCAAGGCGGAAUUAUUUUUAUUGUAUUCCUUCGUACAGAAAAAAAGAAGCUCUUCAAGAUUCUACAAUAAAGAAAAUCCUGAUACUCAGGUAGUCGAUGUAUACUGGGAGUUUGAUGAUAAAAACGAGUGGGAAAGAGUCGGCGAAGUAUACGGAUUAAUUUUUCUGUUCAAGGUAAGCAUGGAGAUUGAUAAAAGCGGCGAAGAAUUUGACGACGAUGAAGAAUUGCUGCAAGUGUACUUUGCCAAUCAGGUUAUUGAUAACGCCUGCGCAACACAAGCCCUUUUGAAUAUUGUCCUGAACUGUAAUCAAAUCGAAAUCGGAAAUGACUUGAAUCAAUUCAAAAAUUUCACGAGAGAUUUCAAGCCGCCAUUGAAAGGUUUAGCCAUGACAAAUACCAACAAGUUUCGUGAAAAUCAUAAUCGUUUUGUUAGAUUCGAAGAAGAUCUCGAUUUGGUAGAAAUAGAAAAACCUAAAAAGAAAAAUAAAGGAGGGGAUGUGGAAGAAUAUUGGGAGGAGGAAGAUGAUGAUGUUUUCCAUUAUACUGGUUAUGUACCGGUAAAUGGGAGCGUGUUUGAACUCGAUGGUUUAGCUCGUAAUCCACGGAAAAUAGGCGAAAUCAAAGGCGACGAUUGGAUGGAAGUCGCAAAGGAUUCUAUCAGGAAACGAUUGGAAAGGUAUCAAAGCGAAGGUAUCGAGUACAACCUGAUGGCUGUCGUUCAUGAUCUUGAAGUCUAUAAUCGUGAAAAAGCGUGCGAGAAAAUUGUAAUCAAAGGAACGAUCGACCGUCGACUAAAUGAGCUUGAUCCAAAUUGGAACGUGCAUAAUAAUAACAUUAAUAAAGUGUCCCGAGAAAUUCCAUUAAUUAAAAACUUUGAAAUGAAAGCGCUCAAGAAACCGCGCGUGACUGCCGAAAUUGAAGAGAUCAAAUUCAUGAAAGGGAUUAAUGAGUUGGUAGAAAAAAGAAGCCUUAUAACUCAACAGAUUCGUCAAGCUAUGGUAAAUGAGAAACAAGCACGUGAAUCAAAAGAACAAGCAAAGGCGGAAAACGAACGCCGGAAAUUCAAUUACGUCCCGUUCAUUCAAGAAUUUCUCAAAAUUCUUGAUGAACGUGAUGAGCUGGAAGAAAUCCUCGAUCGAUACAAGUAUCGAGGAGAAGUUCGUGAAUGA